UCGUCGAUGCCUCCAGGCAGGGAAUCUAAUCAACGGUCCUAGUUGACUAGAAGUAUCCCGCUGUGUUCCCGCUCUGGACAGACUUCCUCGAUAAGCCGUAACGCGGAGAAUGGAGCUUCUGCGGCUCCCUGAGCUUGUUUUACAUCAGAUACUGACCUUGCUCGGGCCACUCGAUCUUCUGCAGCUCGCCUGUGUUUCGAGAGAAUGGUACCAUCGGAUUAGAAACGACGAUUCUCUCUGGAUACCCCAUCUUAGAACUUACAGCUUUGGAAUUUGGGACGAAAUAAUUGAGGAUGUCAAAUUCCUGGGCGAAAUUCGUAUAUCGGACUGGUUCGUUCACUAUGGUCGGCGCUUGACGGUGUUCAAGCGGGGAUGCAUCAAAUCCGUCCCUGUCGGGAAGGAAACAUGGAUCAAACAGCCCAACAAUGACUUGGCCUUCGAAACCGCCAUCUUGGGGAGGUCUUUCGAAUUACACGAAGACUCUCGGGCAGGGAUCGGUAUCCUUGCCAGGAAAUACCUGUACGAGCUGCAAUUGUUCCGACGCGAGGAUCCCUAUCUGAACUUCCUGGACCCUAUACCUGAAGAUGUUCGCAAGCAUUUGGAGGAACUCGGUCAAGCGAGGUCCCGUGACCUUCUCGCCCGUCGGCAUAAGAAUUUGCAAUCGAAUUACGUGUCUCUGCGGAAGUCUUCGCUCGGUGUAGAGCAUGAAAACCAUGAUCGGAUAUCAGAUCUGUUUCCCUCGGUCAACGGGAUAUGCUUAGAACCCGUCUUCGCGUGUCGGGCGACGAGCAUUAAAUCCCUGACGAAUUAUUCCGCUUGCGCCAAGUCUGCUUCCCGAGCGGAGAAAUAUCAGAGGUGGUCAGACUGUCAUUUCGACUCGUUCUUCAGACCGUCCGGGCACGGAGGUCUUCGGAGCUUCUGCGAGGAAAUGUCCAUACGUUGUCCUGAUGAGGUCAUCGAGUCGGCGAGCCAUGCUUCUCUCGAACCGACAGCUGAGCCCUCCGCGGAUGCCUUCGUUGCUCUCCAUCGAUCGAAAAUCAGGCAGCGGAUGAAUCGGAUCAUACACUCCGCGCUUGUUCCGCGGAACGGGCCGCCCAGCGAUAUCUGCAGAGUAGACCUGACCGACGCUCUGGAGCUUGGUGGAGAUAACCCGAAGCAAGAGAUGCUGUCCACUUCGUUGGUUUCUGAUGGAGCAGUUCUCUUGGUCAUGCAACUAAUCGGGAGGAGUCGCUUUUGA